GACCAAGUUAAUCCACUGCCCAGAAACAUUUGGGUAUAAAGAUCAGAGUCAGUUGAUUAAAACAUUUCACUUUGAAACAUUAACUUAGUUUUGUAACAUUCGAGAAGUUUUAAUUUACCUGUUCGGUGUUUAAUCCUAAACCAUUUCAACAUGAAGGUCAUCAUUAUUCUUGCUUUAGUUGCUGUCGCUUCGGCUGCCGUCAUUACCCCCGCUGGUAUUGCUUCAACUGGUUCUUCAUCAGUCUCAAGAUCUGAAGAUGGUACAGGUAAUUAUCAAUUCGCUUACACUGAACAAGGACUUUCCGGUGGUUCUCAACGAAGUGAACAAGGUGAUGCUUUCGGUCGUAAAACUGGUUCAUAUGCUUUAAGUGAUGCCGAUGGUCGUCAACGAAUUGUCUCAUAUGUUGCCGAUGAAACUGGUUUCCGUGCUUCCAUCCAAACAAACGAACCAGGAACCGCUCCAUUGGCUGGCGCUGAUACCGCAAUCUCUGCACCAGACACCGUUGGAAUCGCCGCUGCAACCAACCAACGAACCAGUGAACAAUUGACCGCACUCGCAAACGCUCCACCUCCACCACCAGAAACCCCAGUCGCUGCUCCAAUCGCUUUCGCCCCACAACCAGCCCGAGUCAUCGCCGCACCAAAUGUCUUCUCAGCUCCAGCUCGAGCUUUCUCUCCAUUCGGUAACUUCCAACUCCAAUAAGUGAUUUCUACCCAACCAACGAGUCUAAAUUCAUAUUUGGUAGAACCAAUAACGAACUUUAUUCUCAUUUCGAAAACUUUUUUUGUUCCUUUUUCACAAACUCACACUGUCUAAAUUUCCAAUCGUUUCUCAAUUGAAAUUCUCAAAACUAAUCAUCAUUGAAAAUCCAAAAACUCUGAUGAUUUACCGAUCGAACCAUCAACGACAUCAACCUUUUUGUUAAGAGGAAAAACUUUUUUGUUACUAACUUACAGAUAAUCAUGAUGAUCAUGAUUCUGAUUAGUUCAUGAAAAUUGUUCUUUCAAUUUUGUCAAAACCAAUAAAAGCUAUUUAAAUCUCUUAA